AUGUCUAACAACAGCUCAUUGUUAAACGCAACUGUUAGCAGAUUAACGGCCUCUGAAAUUCGGGCGUACACAUUUUUGUUAAUUUUAGAAGUGACUGUUGUUCCGGUUAUUGUUUGUGGAAAUCUUCUCAUCAUCGUUGCCGUGCUACGCUUUCACAGUCUCAGAAACCCCAGCAAUACCAUGAUCAUGUCGCUUGCUUUCGCGGACCUGAUGAUGGGAGGCAUAUACCUUCCAUUGAAGAUUCUUCUUUCUCAGCAGCCACAACUGUUUGUAAAUCGAGUUUCUUGUCUGGUGAAUACUUUCCUAUCCUUCUUCUGCGUUACCAAUGCGAUGUCUUUCUUGUCAUUGAUUUCCAUGGAAAGGUUUUAUGCAGUACAGUUUCCAUUUCACUACCAUUCGUACAUGACGAUAACUCGAAGUCUUGUAUGGAGUUUUCUCGUCUUCAUGGUAUCGGUUGUUAUAGCGGUCCCUACGGUCAGUGGCAUUGAUCGGUGGAAACCCGGAAAAUUGUGUUUUACUUCGAACGUUACGCCACGCAGUUACGUAACUGGCGCUAUAUUAAUGCUUUUCAUAAUUUCGUUUCUUGGAUUUUUGUCGUUUCUACGCGUUAUGGCUGCCGAAAUCAGCAUCAGACUCAAGGACAAUGCUCGGAGUGUUAAUGAAGCCAGAACGCAAGACUCCAUGAAGGCUACCUUGAUGCUAACCGUGUAUGUGUUCUCCAUAAUUUGCUGGAUCCCGCAGCUAGUGUACACGGGUAUCGCUGUCUUCAACCCUGCCGUGGCAAGUGAAUUGGGUCUAAGAUCGGUGUCCUUUCUGGGUAUCUGCAGUUCAGGUGUAAACUGCUUCAUAUACGGAAUAAAGAACAGACAAUUUAAAGCAGCAUUCAAGAAAAUAUUCGGCUGCAAGACUUCAAGUGUCGAUGUUGAUGACAGCACAAGGGUGAGUACCGUUCAGACUGGUUCCUAG